AUGGCCGAAACUCCAAGACCACGAACAAGGUGCGAAUCGAAAGCAACAAGGGUAGCCGAAGCUGCUGGAUCAGUUUCUGGGAAGGGUAAGCAGAGUGCUGCAGUUGACGAAGCGAGUGUUGGUGGAGCUUCUUUUAUGAGUGGCGGCAGCACUGCUUCGACAGGAACAAGGCAACGCCUUCCUUUUUGGAUAGAAAAGCAGCUGGCAGAGGACAUCGAGGACGCUGGAGGCAUUUUCAACUUUGACAAAGGGAAGGGACAAGGUCUUCGAGAGUUGUGCGAUCACAGGUCCUACACUUUGGAGCAGCCGGAGUUCUACGGCGAGCUUGGAACCGAUCUGAGGAGAAAGAUAUCGCAAAAAGUCACGAAGUGGAAGACAGGAUCGGAAGCAAAGUAUCUGUCUAGAUUGGCAGUUUUGAACGUUGAUUCUGCCAAGAUCCGAAAGAAGAAUAAGAAAUCGUCCAAGGCGACCACGACCAAGGAGACCAAAGGAGCUUCAACACCCAAGGCAACCAAAGGAGCGUCCUCCAAGAAGCAGACCAGAUCGUCCAAGAAGAAAGAACCAGCAGAGGAAACGAAGAUUGAACCACUACCAGCCACCAUCUCUACCAAGGAUUCAGACGACGUUUCCUUUGAUCUCUCACAAGACCUGUCUCAGUUGUCCCUCGACGAAGCAGAAGAGGAUUGUAAACCAAAGAAGCUUGGUACCAUCACCCCAAAAUCAACCAAGCGAACCGGCGGUACCACACCAAAAUCAACCAAUUUAACUGGCAGCAUCCCCAGAUUUCAGACAAGCUUGACAAUGUCGACAAAAGAUCGCUCGGUUGAUGUUGACCCAGACUAUCCUGGGGAUCAAGGAGAAGGGAUCUAUGCAGUCAAUAUCAUGGAAUUUGAGCACGAUGAGACACAGUGGAAAGGAGGCAUUCAACUUGAGCUUCUUGUGGACUCUCGUGAUGCAGAAAAGGAUCUCUACGUGUUGCAGUAUUAUGAAGGCACCAAUGAGGCGACGCUUACAAAGCCCAUCUUCCCGGCUUGUUUUCUUGAGGAUGCUUCGGAGUAUGAUGCCCGACAGACUUCUGAUUCAGUAAAGAAAGGUCACAAAGCUGCUCGCACUGCAUUCAGCAAGUUGAGCCUCGAAGAGCGCCACCAGAAGAUUGUGCUUCGUUUCAGCCCAGAUGUACGCCUCACUGAAGCUCCCUUUCGGACUGGAUCAGCGCAGAAAGAUAGUGAUCACAUGCAGACUGCAAUUCCACAGCUGAUCCUCUAUAAGAAGAACACGGGACGAAAAGAUUCUACCAAAUCAGAUAUUUAUGCUCUGCACUGCCGAUUGUGCUGGAAGUUUGUUGACCUUGCCAAGGCGGUUGAUAUGAAAGGCCAAGCCGGCCGCGGAGCCAAAGCAACAAAAGAUGCUUUUGCAGGAGCUCUGACAGUUGUAGGAUCGGCCUCAACCAACAGUGUUGGUGGUACUGCCACAACAGCAACGAGUAGCCUAGCUGCUGCCGCGAGUGGUGGCUCGCAAAUGACACCAACAAUGCCAACCGUACCGGUGCAACCAGUGCCAGUUCCAUCAGCUCCUGCUCAAACUAUUGGAUCACAGCUGAUUAAUGCCGGAGCAUCAUUGGUGAAUAAGAUGACAAACAAGAAGAAAGGAGGAGAGUUUGACAUGGAGGAAAUCCGAAAGGCAAAAUUCAAACCUACGGUUGACGGAAAGGAAAGAAAGAGCCUUCUGACUGGUCGACAAAAGAAAUCACGAACUGCAGCAAUUGCGAAAGCAAGAUCUUCGACGGCUGAUCCUACAGUAGAAAUGAUUGAUGGGAUUGAAAGAGAGUUUGCAGAGGACGUCCAAGCCAGGCAUGCUGCAUUGGGAGGCGAUCCGUCAUCAAUCCCACUCCCUGAUGAUGAUGAUGAUGAUGAUGAUGAUGAUGAUGAUGUAAUGAUCGAUGAGGAUGACGAGGAAGACGUGUUGUAUGAUUACGAUUAUGAUCCACCCCGAAAGAUAAACUAG